AAUGCUCUCACAACUCCACAACACACGUCCCAGUAUCAACUCACAAACAAAACCCCCUUCCCCCACACAUACACACACUCACAGGUCGCUCCUUCGUUCUCCCUUGCUGUGGGGUAAGCAGAGCGAUAAAUGCCAUCUCUGCCAAUCUGACAGGAGCUCCAGGGAGGGAAAUAUGUGGCGGAAACUGAGGGGCCUGAGCAGAGAGGGCAUGAGGGGGAGUCCAUGAGAACAACAGCGGGAACAGUCCAUCUGUAGCGCAACAGCCACAAGAGAGAGGGGCAGGGCUGGAGGUGGUGGAGGACAGGGGAAGAUGCUGGGGCCUUGGAGGCUGCUCCUCUGGCAGUUGGCAGUCAGAUUAUCCUACCAUGUUGUUACAGCUAACCUGUGCGUGGGUGGGUCAGACAUCUUUGCAACUGUCCGAGAAAAUAGCCCAUUGGGAGAAUUCAUAGCAAACCUCAGCGUCACGGGGGACCCAGGGGCCAACACCAUUCGCCUGUGCCUCACCGGAAAAAACGCAGAAUGGUUCUUUUUAGAGGGACGGACCAUCCGGCUAAACUCCUCCGUUUCAAGAGUUCUGGAUCGAGAGGUUCAGGGAUCUAUUCUUAUAGCAGAGAUGACAUGUUAUGAAGAUGAUGUAAUACAGAGUCGGCACAGGAUCAUGGUUGAGAUUCUGAAUGAAAAUGACAAUAAACCGCAGUUCCUGAAGGAGACAAUAGAGCCAUUUUACAUCAAUGAGCUCACAGCAGUGAACUCUAUUGUUUUCACCAUCAAGGCAACUGAUGCGGACGGAGACAUUAUUUCCUACAUCAUUGAUGAAUCAAUGCCUGACGCCAGCUACUUCAGGAUAGAUUUUCCCAACAGCGGGAAUGUUGUGCUCGACAAGCCAUUGGACUAUGAGACCAAGACCCAACUACAGCUGGUCAUCUAUGCUAUGGAAAGCAACACCAAGGAGAAGUACAACACAACUGCCACGUUGACAGUGAAUGUUAUGGAUGGGGACGACCAGUACCCACAUUUCCUUCCCUGCACAUCAGCCUCUCCAGACGUGAUCAUCCCAGUGUGCACCAACCCCGUCUACACCGCCAACAUCACAGACAAAGAGGAGGACAUGACUCUGAGGUUUUCACCUGGUCCAAUACAUGCAGAGGAUGGGGACAGAAGCCUUGACACUCCUCUGACCUACACAAUUCUUUCAGGUAAUGACCAUGGCAGAUUUGUGAUAGACAACCAGACAGGAGAGAUCACAUUAACCAGUCCUGUGGAGAGCAGACAGCUGACACCCACAUUCACGAUGCGCAUCAUGGCAGCUCAGCAGAAUGAUCCAAUGAAGUACAGUGUGGCAACAGUAUUGGUGAGAGUGCUAGCCGAGAACAGCUAUCCCCCAGUCUUCAACAGAACGACAUACAAGGGUUUUGUCAUCCAGAGCUCCAGUCCUGCCACUAUCGUUUCAACUUAUGGGAACCUAGUGCUCCUCAUACAAGCCAUGGACAAGGAUUUCAGAGAUGGGGUUAAUCCAAAUAUCCUCUACUCCCUCCAUCCCCUGUCAGCUAGUCAGGGACUUUACCAUGUCACGCAGGAGGGGGUUUUAAUUGCCAGGACUGACCGCCUACGAGCCUUUGACAGGCACAUCCUAGAGGUGGUUGCCAGGGAUGAGGAAUCAGGUGAAGAGGCAACAGCUACAGUGGACAUUGAAGUCCUACAGAGAGGCCAAACAGUUCCACGGGGUCAGUUCACAGAGGAGCACCUGUUUGGGGAUAUGGACUCCAAGCUAGCAGGGGGGAUUGCAGCCAUGGUCCUGUUGCUGUUUCUAGCAUCGCUCUUUCUGCUGCUUCUAACUGUUAGGAGAAGGAAAAGCACUGACGACUCAAUCAACCGAGGGGAUCUGGCACUGGGAAAGCAUCCAAAUGUGGUGAGUUCGAGUCGGCCUGUGUACUUGAUGGAGGAGAUGUCUUUCAACAAUGAAGAAUUCCCCCAGGAAUAUGAGUCAUCUUGGUCAGGGAGCCUUCGUGGCAGACAGGGGGUCUACACAAGGAAGCAUUCAUUUCCCUGUAACCCUGCAUACUUCCCCAGCUUCAGUAGACAAAGUAUCUUCAAACCUCGAAACGAUAUGCUACCUGAUCCUGAAGAGACAGAGCCCCAGCUCAGGGACUUGACAUCAACCAUCCAGUUCAAAGGCCAAAUGCCUGUCGAGGCCAGUCGCACAGGGGCUGCAGUGAAGGGUCAAAAGUUGGAGAGUGUACUAGAAGAAACAGACGUUACAAUAGAGCACCUCCCCACCGUAAAAAAGGAGUUCCAUUCUGCAUUGGGACCAAUGGAAGGUUCAUCAACACAUGUUGGUACAACACUUCAAGGUGAUCGCAAAGGGAAACCAAAUAUAGGAGCAAAGCUCUGGAGGGACCACAUGAAAAGACACCAAAAAUCAGAGGCCACAGACGGAAAGCAAGAUGAGGAUAACCCUUACAAGUUUAUGCAUGCUGUGAUCUGUGUGUCUGAUGACGAUGACUCGACCACCGAGGAUGAACAUUGGGACAACUGAUGCAGCAGCAUGCCAGCAAUUAAAUAUCAGGAGGUUACCAGCAAAAACCCUCUUGAAUGCAAUGUCCAGUCAUAUCCAAAAACGAACUGUGGGACAUGAAGUAAUCACUUCAAACAAGACUCUAGCAUUCGUAACACUAGAACCACCAAAAAUUUGGGAUCCACAAUAUCUUUCUCAAUGUUUGAAGUAAUAC